AUGAAUUCGAUCGCCCCACGCAAGCGACCGCGAGCGCGUCCAGUGGUCUCGUGUCUUCGCUGUCGAGAGAAAAAAUUAAAGUGCGACCGCACCUGCCCCUGUCAGAACUGCAUCAAAGCGGGUUGCCGGACGGAAUGCACCUACCAUACACGCCCGCAUGCCGACGAGCCUCAGGGAUGCAAAUCCAAAAAGUCUCGAUCUUCAAGCGAGGUAGACGACACCAAUCAUGGACCCUCAUUGCGGCUGGGAACAGGUGUCGUUGAGGACCUGCAGCAGCGCGUGGCCAGACUGGAGGAAUUGCUGAUUGUGCGAUCCGAUGUCAGCAAUUCAACGCCAGUGAGCAUGGCCAGGACGGGUGAAUCAGUACAACGUCGUGAUUCUGCGGUUCUCGCCCUGCCCUAUCCCGGGACACUCGUCGUCAAGGGCUCACGUUCUCGUUACCAUGGACAAAAUAGUCGUGUCUCUCUUCUGAACCAGUUUCCGGAUGCGAGGGAGUUCAUCAACCAAUGCACCGAGGAUGCUGAGCUCGUGGCACUCGCCCGGGAGGUCCAAUCUCUUCAGGCAAGGUCAACAGCGCCCAUUGCGUCUCCAGCUUCGCUUGCAGAGUCGGUGGGACUUUCUGAGUUGCAAUACCUCUGCAGUCAACUCCCUCCCAAAGCCACCUGUGAUAAGCUGGUGGCAGUGUAUACCACCCAUUUUGAGAAGACACUCAGAGUCAUCCACCGUCCAUCUUUCCACCGCCAGUAUCAGCACUUCUGGGAGAGAUCUGAUCCGCAGCCUUCCUCGGAAGUUAUUCCUCUCUUGACGGCAGUGUUGGCCGCCGCGGCCUCGUUUGACCAGGGCAUAUUCACGCCUGAAGAAUUCUCAUCCCGAGAGUAUCUGACCCAUGAGGCUACCAAGGCGCUGCGCGCUUGGGCGAACAAGAUACCGCGGAAGAACCGAGUUGAUCUGGCCACGCUACAGGUUGAAACGCUCACUAUUAUCGCGGACUAUCUGCAGCUGACGCCUGCCGAAGAUAUUUGGAAGGCCAUUGGGUGUCUGGUUCGCUCUGGCAUGAUGAUGGGCCUGCAUGUAGACCUGUCUCGCUUCAGCAAGCUCACCUUCUAUCAAACAGAAUGUCGUCGGCGAUUGUGGAUCACCAUUCUCGAGUUGGAUUUGCAGAUUUCCAUAUUAUCUGGAAUGCCGAUGAUGGUCCCAGAGCUGGAUCUCGGCCCUCUGACGCCGUUGAAUCUGAAUGACACCGAUUUCGACGAGUCGACCUCGGAGCCACCAUCUCCGGCCAACGCGGAGGAAGAGACGGACUCUCUCGCUCAGAUCACGCUCGCCACGUCUUUGGCUCACCGUAUCAAGUCGAUGAAAUUGGCGCAAAGCCCUAGCUCGCGGGACAGCUUUCGUGAGCGCGUUGAAAUGGGACAAAGACUAGAAGAGUAUCUCGCUAGCAUCCCCCAUCAAUUACGACCAGGCACGCAGCCUGCGGGCGCUUCUCCGGCGUCGAUUCUGAGUCAUGUUCUCCUUGAUAUCUUUGUUCGUCGUCCACUGCUCCACCUCCUUCGCCCACUCAUUCCGGCUGUGACGAACACUGGACCCGAUGAGCCUCUUUUCCAUGCGAUUCGCCGUGCGUGUCUUGAUUCGUCCUUGGCCAUCCUUUCGUAUCAGGAUUACUUUGACCCCCACUAUGCGGAGCUCGACACGAGAGAUUCAACCCCUUACUGGAAUUUUUUCCACUCACACUGUCAGAACGAUCUGUUAUGGUCAGCUCUCAGUCUGUGCGAGUUGAUGAGACCGCAAGGCCAGGCUUUGACCGUACCAGUCUCUCCAAAGGCUGCUGUAGAUCAAAGAAAAUCCGAUUACCACGUUCCCAGCAAGGCAACCUUGAUCCGUCUGCUGGAAGGAACUUUGGACACGUUCACACGUCAAUCCCAUCUGCGAGGGAGUAACGUCAAGGAUAUUCUUCUGUUGACUACCGUCAUUCAAUCGAUCCGUUGCCGCGUGCCAGUGGGGCAAAGACAGCAUCUCAUGCUACAAGGUGCGAAGAACACCAUGGCUGCAUGUCGUCAAAAUCUGCUCUCUGUCGCGGCCCAGCAGCCUACCACAGGUGAGACGGUAGGAACGAACCACCCGGGCUCCUUUGAGAUCUUACCCCAUCUUUCAGAGACGACAAUUCAGGGUCCGUCGACUCCUCAACUGCACAAUUCUGAGUUUGUACAAAUGCCAUUAGAUCCCACGGCCGACUUCGACAAUCUGGUUUCGGAUCUGUUCUCGUUUGAUGACGGGUCAUUCAUGUGGAGCAUGUGA